GGUGGAGAUUCCGGAGGCAUAUGAGUCGGUCUGUGAGUCGCCGUGUCAUAGGAGAGACACCUGAAACAAAUAUCGCCACGUCACACUCGUAUUUCCAUUGAGGGCAAUGCUGAAAAAACAAGGAAUGGCACGCGUUUGGAGGACACCAGGACCAGUCUAUCAUCCCCAAAUCGUUGGCCAUUGAUCGGUCGUUGCAUCAUACGCAAUUCCCUCGUUACUUCAGGGUCACGCCUGCAAUGACGUGUAGCAGUUGGUCAGGAGUUCUGCUGUGAGCUACAUACGAUAUGAUAAGCAGUAGUUUAGAGAAUUUGAGAGGAUCUUUAUGGGGAUUUCGGUGGAUUCGAGCGGGAAGAAUUCAGACUGGGGGAAAAUGGUCCUGAGGAACUUGGGAGGUGCCAGGUGGUGGUUCAGAUUCACCGUUAUAGCACUAGCUGUUGUUUUUCUCUGGAUAUUCGUGCGAAAUGACAGGAUUGACGAGGUGAGAGACUUUGGGAAACUAUCGGUGAUGCCCAAGCCAAGGAUAGAAGUAGAGAAAGUUAAAAUUGCAGUCUACUACGAGGCACUUUGCCCGGAUUCGAGAAGUUUCGUUCUCCGACAGCUAGUGCCAACAUAUCACGAGAUACCUGACAACGUAGUCGUGCAAAUGAUUCCAUAUGGAAAGGCCACGACUAUACCGGGACCAACCGGAUAUUCCUUCGACUGCCAACACGGCCCCCGUGAGUGCGAGGCCAACACAAUUCACGCUUGUGCUAUUGAUGUGAUAAAAAAAACUUCUCUUCAAUUGAAAUUUCUUGCGUGUAUGAUCGAGCACAAUAUAUACCCCCAGAAUAUAACGCGCACGUGUGCUGAAAAACUCCACGUUGAUGCUGAGCCAAUAUUUCAAUGCUACAAGAGUCCACGAGGUGCUGAGUUAUUAGCGAAAUACGGGGAAAUGACGCACGCACUGUCACCACCUGUCAAGUUUAUUCCCACAAUCACUCUUAAUAAUGAUCAGGGCAAUCAAAUAGAAAUAUUAAAAGACUUGUUGCACAACGUCUGCAAGCGAUUCAAAAAAGUACCUGCUGGUUGUCACUGACUGCAAAUGCCAAAAAACCCUAGGAGAAGUGAGUUAUCAGUGAGAGAUCAGACGAGUAAACUGAGCAAUUCCACAAAAUAUCAAAUAUUUACAAUUUAUCAGGAACUGGAUACACGAAAGAGAAUGUAUUGGAUAGGUAUUCUGUAAAUAUAAAUAUCGUAAAGGUUAAUUAAG